AUGCGUGGAAAGCAGCAGAUCGAAGACGUGGAGGGCGGGGAGGAGGAGGAGGAAGAGGAAGAGUACCGGAGGGCCGGCGACGGCGGGGGGUUCUGGAUGUCGGCGGUGAACGCCGCCUCGGGGAUGGACAUGAUACCCGAGUCCGGCUUCAUCUCCAGCCAGCCCUCCAUGGCCGAGUUCAUCCUCCCGCACCAUAUCACCGGCGGCGAGCCUAGUCCUGGGCCCUACCCCCAGCAGAUCGACCCCCAGCAGUCCGUGCAGGAGUACCCCUGGAUGAAGGAGAAGAAGACUGCCAGGAAGAGCAACCAGCAAGGUGAGUACCAUUUCCACCAUUUCAUCACCUUUUUUGAUAAUGAUCACGGUAUUCGCCUACCUCGUGGGCAGGCAGUUCUCACGGACGCAGUGUUCCACCUCAAGACAAAACAAGGACAGUUAUUGUUGCGGGCAGCGAGGGGAGCAGGUGCUGGCGCAGAUUGCUGGAUCAAACCUUCAAUUAGACGUAAGGCUUUGAAGGAAUUAAUGCAAUCAAAGAGCGCCCCGGAGGCAGGCUGUCCCCAGGCAGCUAACAGUACCUUGCGGUCGCCCCCCGCGCAGCUUCCUCUCCGAAGAGGAUCCGUUAUUUGUCGGGAUCCUCACCUCUCGGUCCUUUGUCUGAGAUUACAGUUAGCGGAGGGUAUUCAUCCUUCCUAG